UAACACCAGCACUUCAUUCCCAAACUAUGAGCUUCGUUUACCCAAUUUAGCUACGCCAUUUUUUUCUUUUCACGCUCUUGCGUUAGGCAUAGCUUGAAGACAAACAUUUCAGGGAAAAAAGAGGGACAUUAAAUAAGCAGAAUUGGAAGCUAAAACGUCUAAUCAUUAUUACCUAUUGCUCAAACUCGGUGAUGAAGCAUGAAGGCGGAAGAGGAAGGUGAGAGAGCCAGAGAAGGCCAUUCACACAGCAAGAAAAGAUCAGCUGAGACAGAUGACCACAGAAUUAGGAAGAAAGCGAAAUCAGGAUCCAAGGAAAAACUUAAAGGUUCUGAAGUAAAUGGAAAGUACCACAGAUCAUCUGUAAAGAACUCACACUCAGGAUCUUCACACAAACCUCUGCAGGAGUCUAAAAUCACAAGCUCUGACAAAUUGAAGUCUGAUGCUGGGAACAGUGGAUCUGAAGCUGAGGGCAUUAAGUUGGACUCAUAUGAAGACUUGGAGAAGAGAGUGGAUGGAAACAAUAACUUGGAGGAAGUAAUGCGACCACAAGGGAAAACAGAACAUGACGGAUUUGAAUUAGCUUUUUUACCUGGCGAAACUAAGAACUGUAAGUCGAGAACUAACAGCAACAAAAGCAGCCACAGUGCCAAGGACCGACACAAGAUUACAGAUGACAAAGAUCCUGUACUCCAAGGAAGCAGAUCCAAAAAGGAUUGGAAAAUUAAAAACAGUAAAUGUUCACCUGAUGUAAAGAGUAAUAAAAUUCAUGCAAAAGUGAAGCAGACUGAUAAUAGCCACACAUCUCUGACAGCUUUAAAAGAGGAAGACGUUGAAGAGCACAUCUUUGAUCCCAUCUCUGGCUGCACACAAGCCUGUCUGCCUGCUGAGAAUGAUCUAGAGGUGAGAAGAGAGAAAUCCAAUGCUGAAAAGAAGAGGGACAAAGAGGGCACUGUCAAUAUUACAAAAGAUAAAACACAAGGCCAGAAGAAAAAAAGGAGCUCUCACAGCACAGAACAUAAUGAAUCAAAGAAAAAUAAAAAGGCCAAGAGGGAAGCGGAUGAGGACAAGGGAAAACUGAAAGAAAAAGGAGAAGCAAAAAAAGCUGAAGACGAAGCUGGGAAAUGGAAAUGGUGGGAGGAAGGGAAGCACGCCGAUGGUCAGAAGUGGAAAAGUCUUGAGCAUAAAGGGCCUCUCUUCCCACCGGAAUAUGAACUUUUACCAAGCGAUGUGCCAUUUUUAUAUGAUGGAAAGCCUGUGCAGCUUAGCGUUGCUGCUGAAGAAGUAGCAACUUUCUAUGCCAAGAUGCUGGAUCAUGAGUACACUACCAAGGACACAUUUCAAAAUAAUUUCUUCACUGACUGGAGGGAGGUAAUGACGGAAGAUGAGAGGAAACUAAUCAAGAAGCUGUCCAAGUGUGACUUCAGCAAAAUCCAUAAAUACUUUGUGGAAAAGUCAGAAGAAAAGAAGAACAUGACCAAAGAAGAAAAACAGGUCUUAAAGGAGGAAGCCAAUAAACUAACAGAAGAGUAUGGAUACUGUCUGCUGGAUGGCCAUAAGGAGAAGAUAGGCAAUUUUCGUCUGGAGCCUCCAGGGCUGUUUAGAGGACGAGGGGAACACCCCAAAAUGGGCAAGCUGAAGAAACGCGUCCAGCCUGAGGACGUGAUUAUUAACUGCAGUCAAGAUGCGAAGGUCCCAGAGCCACCUGCAGGCCAUCGGUGGAAGAGAGUUCAGCAUGAUAACACAGUCACAUGGCUGGCAUCCUGGGUGGAGAACAUCCAUGGACACAUCAAGUACAUCAUGCUCAAUCCCAGCUCCAAACUCAAGGGCGAGAAGGACUGGCAGAAGUAUGAAACGGCCCGCAAGCUGAAACUGAGAGUGGAUGCUAUCAGGCGUGAGUACCGAACAGCCUGGACUGCUCGAGAGAUGAAACAAAGACAACGAGGAGUCGCUUUAUACUUCAUCGACAAGCUAGCUCUGAGGGCUGGUAAUGAGAAGGAUGACGAUACCGCAGACACGGUGGGCUGCUGCUCUCUGCGUGUAGAGCACAUUACCCUCCACCAGCACCAGGAUGGUCAGGACUACGUAGUGGAGUUUGACUUCCUGGGCAAGGACUCCAUCCGCUACUACAACAAAGUGCCUGUAGAAAAACAAGUUUUCAAAAACUUGAAACUCUUCAUGGAAAACAAGGAUCCAGAAGAUGACUUAUUCGACAGAAUUUCUACAGUCUACCUCAAUAAGAAACUGAAUGAGGCAAUGCCUGGACUGACAGCCAAAGUGUUUCGAACUUUCAAUGCUUCCACCACUCUGCAGGAGCAGCUGGACAAAGUCACCGUCGAUGAUAUGACUGUGGAGGAAAAACUGCUGGCUUAUAACCGAGCGAACAGAGCUGUGGCUAUACUCUGCAACCACCAGAGGGCAGCACCCAAAACAUUUGAGAAGUCCAUGUUGGCUCUUCAGGAGAAGAUCAAAAAGAAAAAGGAGGAAGUGGAGAAAGCCAAAAAGGAGCUGAAGCAAGCAAAGAAGGAUCACAGGGAGCAGCCAUCAGAGAAGUCAAAGAAGCUGGUGGAGAAGAAGGAAAAAGCUUUGAAGAGACUGUCGGAACAGUUAAAGAAGCUCAAGCUGCAGGAAACGGACCGAGAGGAGAACAAGGUCAUCGCUCUUGGCACUUCCAAGCUCAACUACCUCGACCCCCGCAUCACUGUGGCCUGGUGUAAGAAGCACAACGUUCCCGUGGAGAAGAUCUACAACAAGACUCACAGGGCGAAGUUUGCCUGGGCUAUUGACAUGGCUGAUGAAAACUUCCAGUUCUAACACAGAAGAGGCUGUGCUUUUUUUUUCUUUAUUCAUUUGUUUCCUUCUCAUUUCCAGUCUUUUUUCAUUUCAUUUUCCUUCUUUUUUCUGACCAUUUUGAACAGCUACUAUUCAUUUUUCUGUGAUGUCUUUUUUUUUUUCUGACAGCCUUGGUUAAAAGGACUACUGUGAUUUCUCUCUUGUGUUGGAUUUAUUUGUGUAGUAAAAUAUGAAUAUAAAGCUGAAGGUCA